AAGUCCCCCACCACACCUAACUUCAUCUUCAAACCACAACACUCCAACAACUGUUUCGAGUUUUUUUCUUUUUAAGACUUUCCCAAUUCUGAUCUCAGCCGUUGAGACAUGGCUACUGCUGUCCCAGCCGUUGGAGCUGUUAACAGACUGCCGCUGAAGUCGAAUGGCCGUGGUCCAACUCCAAGCUCAAUAUUCUUGGGGAAAAGUGUGAAGAAGGGUACCUCAAAGGUCAACCAGAACAAGGUUUUUCCCAAGAAUUUCAAGGUGGUUAGUGAAUAUGAUGAGUCAAAGCAAACCUCAAAAGACAGGUGGGUGGGACUCGUCUAUGAUGAAUCUGAUGACCAACAGGAUAUUACCAGAGGAAAGGGAAUGGUGGACACUCUCUUCCAGGCUCCUGUGGGAACUGGAACUCACCAUGCUAUCAUGAGCUCCUAUGACUACAUCAGUCAAGGUCUUCGCACGUUCAACUAUGACAAUACCAUUGAUGGGUUCUACAUUGCUCCUGCGUUCAUGGACAAGGUUGUUGUUCACAUCACCAAAAACUUCUUGAAUCUGCCAAAUAUUAAGGUUCCUCUUAUUUUGGGUAUUUGGGGAGGUAAAGGCCAAGGGAAAUCAUUCCAAUGUGAGCUUGUCUUUGCCAAGAUGGGAAUCAAUCCCAUUAUGAUGAGUGCUGGUGAAUUGGAAAGUGGGAACGCUGGAGAGCCUGCAAAAUUGAUUAGGCAAAGGUAUCGUGAGGCAGCAGAUAUCAUCAGAAAGGGAAAGAUGUGUUGCCUCUUUAUCAACGAUCUCGAUGCAGGUGCGGGAAGGAUGGGUGGAACCACCCAAUACACGGUUAACAAUCAAAUGGUGAAUGCUACCCUCAUGAAUAUUGCUGAUAACCCUACAAAUGUUCAGCUCCCUGGAAUGUACAACAAGGAAGAGAACCCUCGUGUUCCUAUCAUAGUUACCGGUAAUGACUUCUCCACAUUGUAUGCUCCUCUUAUCCGUGAUGGUCGUAUGGAGAAAUUCUACUGGGCCCCUACUCGGGAAGAUAGGAUUGGGGUGUGCUCGGGUAUUUUCAGAACUGACAAUGUUCCUCGGGAAGACAUUAUCAAGCUUGUUGAUACUUUCCCUGGACAAUCUAUUGAUUUCUUUGGUGCUCUCAGGGCAAGAGUAUAUGACGAUGAAGUGAGGAAAUGGAUUUCAGAUGUUGGGGUGCAAAAUGUUGGCAAAAGACUUGUGAAUUCGAGGGAGGGACCUCCAACUUUCGAGCAGCCCAAAAUGACUCUUGAGAAGCUACUUGAGUAUGGAAACAUGCUUGUCCAAGAACAGGAGAAUGUGAAGAGAGUGCAGUUGUCUGAUAAGUACUUGAAAGAGGCAGCUCUUGGAGAUGCUAAUGAUGAUGCCAUCAAGAAUGGAAGUUUCUAUGGCAAAGCAGCUCAGCAGGUUAGUCUUCCUGUCCCUGAAGGCUGCACUGACCCAUCGGCAGCAAACUUCGAUCCAACGGCCCGUAGCGAUGAUGGGAGCUGUGUUUACAAUUAAAAAUGUCAAUACCGUGAAGGGAAAAUAAUCUCCAAAAUGGGCAUAUGUUUGAUAGAGUAGUACUUCUGUAAUUGUAUUUUAGCACGUGCUUCUAUAAUUUAAUCCCAUAGUUUUCACAACUGAGUCAACAUAGUUGUGAAUAAGACCCUGUAUGUGCUACUUGUAUGAAACUGAGUUAUGCCAACAUUCCCACUGUAAAUCACCUUAUCCCCUGUUUAUGGAUCUAGCCCACCUAAUCGUCUCGAUGUAGCUUCAAAUGGGCCAUCUUAAACUUUAUACACAUACUGAUUUGUGCAAAAA